GGGCAAAUUUAUAAGCCAAGAAAUGCUUUUCAAGCAAGUAACGAGCAGGCUAAUGAGAAGCCACACAGGAAUCGCCACAAAUAUUAAUGAGGAGAAAGCCUCGUAAAGGAGCUAACACCCCAGUGCUCAUGGUAUAAAAAUGGUCUAGGAAGGAGAUCAUCUGUCAGACUUGGGUUUCGUGGGUCUCUUCACUCAUCUCCUCCAUCUAGCUUCUCCUUUCAACCAUGGCUGCCGCCACUUCCACUCGCACUUGCGGGUCUCUCAGGGGCUCUUGCCGGGUCACGACAAACUGCCACCCAAACAGCGCUGCCUCAGUCAACUGCCGGCCCGGGCCUUGCUUUCCUCCUCGCCGAUCCAGUGUCUGCCUGCCCCCUCCAGGCCAUACGGCCUCGUCUCUCCACAACAGCUGCCGAAGUGGGGGCCACAUGCCGUCUUCCCGCUUUCCACCUCCUAGCCUGGGCUCCACCUGUGUCCCUCCACCCUGCAUCCCUCCUCCUCCCCGCCCUCUGAACUGCUACCCUGUCGGCCACAACGAAGGGAUCCUCAACUGCAAUGAGAAGGAAACUAUGGAGUUCCUGAACAGCCGCCUGGGGAACUAUCUGGAAAGGGUGCGCUGCCUGGAACAAGAGAACGCUGACCUGGAGUGCAAGAUCCGAGACUGGUACGAGUGCGAAAAUGCUUACGUGUGCACCGACUUCAAACCUUUUUACUGCAACAUUGAUGAGCUCCAGCAACAGAUUUGCUGUACUAAGGCUGACAAUGCAAGACUCUGCCUGGAUAUUGACAAUCUCAAAAUGGCUUCUGACGACUAUUGCACCAAGUAUGAUUAUGAGCUGAGUCUGCGUCAGAGGGAUGAGGCUGACAUCAAUGGCCUUCGGAGAGUGCUGGAUGACCUCACCCUAUGCAGGGCUGACCUGGAAACUCAGCUUGAGUCCUUGACCGAGGAGAUGAUGUGCCUGAAGAAAAACCAUGAGGAGGAGUCCUGUGCCCUUCGCUCCCAGCUCGGUGACCGCAUCAAUGUGGAGGUGGAUGCUGCCCCAUCUUGCAACCUCAACAAGGUCCUGGACGAGAUGAGGUGCCAGUAUGAGGCUGAUCUUGAAAAGAAUCGCCGGGAAGUUGAGGACUGGUACUGUACACAGAUGGAAGAGCUCAACAGAGAGGUGCUCUCCAGUGGAGAACAGCUGCAGUGCUGCCAGACAGAGAUAAUUGAGACAAGACGUUGUGUUCAAGCACUGGAGAUUGAUCUACAGGCUCAGCAGAGCAUGAAAGGGGCUCUGGAGGGCACUUUGCAAGAAACAGAAUCCCGCUACUGCACCCAGCUCUCCCAGCUCCAGUGCCUGAUCAGCAACGUGGAGGCCCAGCUGGCCGAAAUCCGCUGCGACAUUGAGCGCCAGAACUGCGAGUACAAGACCCUCCUGGACGAAAAAGCCCGCCUGGACUGUGAGAUCGCCACUUACCGCAACAUGUUGGAAGGAGAAGACUGCAAGCUGCCCAAUCGCCCCUGUGAUCCAGAGUGCACGACCGCCAUUCGAUCAUCUGUCUGCCGGCCAGUUUGUGUGCCAGAGCCAGUCUGUGCCCCCUCCUGCCCACCAACCUGCAAGCCAUGUGUGCCCGUGGUGGAGCCCAACCUGGCUCCCUCCUGUGUCAACCCCUGUGGGCCAAAGUUUGUCUCAUGUGGCCCUCCUCCCUGUGGCCCUCCUCCCUGUGGCCCUCUUCCCUGUGGCCCACGUGGUCCGAUGUGCCCGCCCCCUUGCGGCCCGUGCCCACCAGGCCCACGGAUCAACACUAAGAUCUGCCGCAUGUGAAAUCUCAGUGCCUGGGCACCAGAUCCAAAGGCAACAUGGAACAGACGAGGACCUGAACCUAGAGGGGAGAAUGAAUUUAUGUACUCCUACCCUAUGCUUAGAAAACUCCUCUAGGAACCUUGCUUAAAAAGUUAGGCACGUUCUGCCUACAAGGUGGCUCUGGUAGCACGGUUCCUCCCUUCCCUGCUGCUUUCAUGCUUUCCGGGAUGCACGGAAGAUCCUCGGGUGACUUCUUAAUAAACGUUUGU